UUGCAAAAACACAGCUUCAACUUCAACACUACUGGGGCUCUCUUCAGAAAAUCGCGGGCAUAGAAGAGCUACAGAGACACCCAGAUAGCAGAAACAGAGCAAUUCCCCUGCUUUGAUGUCUUUUUGGGUGAUGUUUGAGUACAGCUUCUCUCUUUUGUGAUCAUGAAGCGGCCACUGUGAUCAUCGAGUCCACUGACAUUGCCUUGGCGUAACUCACAAGCAAAAAUCACAGUAAUUUCACAAAAGGAGACGGCAAAAGUUGUCUCAUAGGAAAUAAACCAUUCGUGUUCCUUUCGCAAAGCCAGGGCCAGCCCUUUAUAAAUUCAGCUUUCUUCGUCUCUGUUAUUUACUCAAAAAAAAAAAAAGUAAAACAGAGCAACACAAUGGACAGGCUCCCGACCACGACCAUACUUCCCGACACUUUCCAAGGCGUGCGCGAUGACAUUACAGGCCAAAUGGGGUUGAUUUGGCGGCUGGCCAAAGCGCCGCUGAUCGUGCCGCUGCUGAAAUUGGCGGUGGCUGUGUGUUUGGUCAUGUCCUUAAUGCUUUUCGUGGAGCGAGUUUACAUGGGCAUCGUCAUUGUUCUCGUGAAGCUGUUUGGUCGGAAGCCGGAGAAGCGUUACAAAUGGGAGCCGAUGAGGGACGAUGUGGAGCUUGGGCAUUCGGCGUUCCCCAUGGUUCUAGUGCAAAUUCCUAUGUACAACGAGAAGGAGGUGUAUCAGCUGUCCAUUGGAGCUGCAUGUGGGCUUUCAUGGCCGUCUGAUCGGAUAAUAAUUCAAGUUCUUGAUGAUUCAACUGACCCAGCCAUUAAGGCCCUGGUUGAAUUAGAAUGCCAAAGAUGGGCAAGCAAAGGCAUAAACAUAAAGUACGAGAUCAGAGACAACAGGAAUGGAUACAAAGCAGGGGCUCUUAAAGAAGGCAUGAAGCACAGCUACGUCAAAAUGUGCGACUACGUGGCAAUCUUUGACGCUGAUUUCCAACCUGACCCUGAUUUUCUCUGGCGCGCCGUACCUUUCCUUUUUCACAACCCGGAAAUAGCUCUUGUUCAAGCUCGCUGGAAAUUCGUUAAUGCUGACGAAUGCCUAAUGACAAGGAUGCAAGAAAUGUCAUUGGGUUACCAUUUCACAGUGGAGCAAGAAGUGGGGUCCUCAACCUACGCCUUCUUUGGUUUCAAUGGGACGGCUGGUGUGUGGAGAAUUUCAGCGCUGAAUGAGGCUGGAGGAUGGAAGGACCGCACCACAGUGGAGGAUAUGGAUUUGGCCGUCCGAGCUAGCCUUAAAGGCUGGAAAUUUGUUUAUAUUGGUGACCUCCAGGUGAAAAAUGAAUUGCCUAGUACUUUGAAGGCCUUCCGUUAUCAGCAGCACCGAUGGUCUUGUGGCCCUGCUAAUCUCUUCCGAAAAAUGGUCAUGGAAAUUAUAACAAACACGAAAGUGUCACUGUGGAAGAAGUUUUACGUGAUCUACAGCUUUUUCUUUGUUCGUAAGAUCGUAGGUCAUAUUGUCACAUUUGUCUUCUACUGUGUUGUUUUGCCGGCAACAGUCUUGGUUCCUGAAGUGGAAGUACCAAAGUGGGGUGCAGUUUACAUACCUUCUAUCAUUACUCUCCUCAAUGCUGUUGGAACUCCAAGAUCAUUCCACCUAAUGAUCUUCUGGAUCCUCUUUGAGAAUGUCAUGUCUCUGCACCGGACUAGGGCGACAUUUAUAGGUCUGCUCGAGGUAGGGAAAGUAAAUGAGUGGGUUGUCACUGAGAAAUUGGGAGAUGCCCUCAAGACAAGACCAGGAGCAAAAGCUCCCAGGAAACCUCGUUUCAGGUUUGGAGAAAGAGUCCAUUUGCUAGAGCUUGCUGUUGGGGCCUACCUCUUCUUCUGUGGGUGCUAUGACCUUUCCUUUGGAAAGAACCGCUACUUCAUAUACCUCUUUCUCCAAUCCAUUGCCUUCUUUGUUGUUGGGGUUGGUUAUGUUGGCACCUUUAUUCCCAAUUUUUAGUAGAAUUUGUUUGGCAAAGAAUGAUCUCAAGAAUUGCAUUCAACAACUCGUUUGUUCUCCCCGGCCAACAAAAGAUGAAAAUUCUGUUCUUUUCGAGCUUCUUUCAUUCAGAUAGUUUCUGUUUCAGAUUGUUGAUACAAGGAGGGAUUAUUUUGUUCUUGUGAACAAUGAUUCAAAUAUAAAUUAUUUCUUUUU